AUGGCCAAAACCGACGCAUUCCGCAUCUGCAUCGCCAUCCUCCUCUUCAUCCAAUUCACCUGCUGGGCGCUGACACUACUCGACCUACUCAGCCCGGGCCGUCCGACCAUGCUGCUGCGCACCUCGACGCACAUUGUGAGCCAGGUAUUUGCCAAGCAGCAGCCCGCUGCUGUGCUGCUGUACAAGGACUUCAGGAGCAGGAUGUUGUUCUGA